AUGGGUUCAACAUUAGUGCUGACUGGACUGUUAGUGAUCAUUAGUUAUUUAAAACAAAUUCAAGCUAGAACAACGACAAAUCCGGCUCUAUUGUGUAAUAAUGUAUUUUGUGCAAAUGGUGGUGUGUGUAAUAUUGUUACAACAGCACAAGGUGUUUAUCAAGCGCAGUGCCAGUGUUUACUAGGAUUUGCUGGAGAUAAUUGUGAACUACAGGCGAUUGGUGCUACAGUUUAUGCUUAUUGUUCUUGUUUACCUGGUUUUUAUAGACCAAAUUGUGAUACACGUUAUUUUGCUUGUCCUUUUGUUGGUACGCAUGCUGAUACAAACUAUUGUCGUCUCGAAAAAUAUUUUACCUGUACAAGUAACGGAGCAGGCUUGACAUUAACUCAAAGUGUGUGUCCAAAAGGUUCAAAAUACAAUCCAAAUUUAUCUCGAUGUGAUCCGAGUUAUCAAUGUUAA